AUGAGAUCUUUAACUUCUGUUAAAGUAUGCUUCCUGGCUUAUUGCCUUACCUUGUUGUAUGUUUCAUCACUAAAUUGGGUUGCUUUUGCUUCUGAUACUGAAGCAAAGGCUCUUCUCAAAUGGAAAGCCAGCUUAUUUCAAAACAAAGCCCUCAAUAUUCUCAACUGGCAGUACCCUCCCAGUCAUAAUGCCACCAAUUCUUCCACCAAUCCAAAAGAAAAUACAAUCACAUGCACUUGGACUGGUGUUUCAUGCAACACAGCUGGAAGUGUUAACAAGAUAAACCUCUCCACUUGUGGUAUACAAGGUACGCUACUUGAGUUUUCAUUCUUGUCCUUCCCUAAUCUUGAACAUCUUGACCUCAACAUGAACAAACUCUUUGAUGCCAUCCCACCUCAAAUCAGUUACCUCUCCAAACUCCACUAUCUUGAUCUCUCUCUCAAUCAAUUGUCCGGAAGAAUCCCACCAGAAAUCGGUCUCCUAAGAAAUCUUACCUUUCUCGGUCUCUAUGAAAAUACAUUCUUUGGGGAUAUUCCCAAGGAAAUAGGUAACCUAAAAUCCCUUGUGGAGCUAUAUUUGUAUAAGAAUAAACUCAAUGGUUCAAUUCCACGAUCACUAGGCAAUCUAACAAGCCUUACCCAUCUUUAUCUCUAUACCAAUCAACUUUCUGGUUCUAUUCCUAAGGAGAUAGGUAACAUGGAGUCUCUUGUAGAUCUAGAGUUGUCCUCCAACGCUUUAAGUGGUGUCAUCCCUCCAAAUAUUGGUCACUUAAAAAAGUUAAACACUUUGUACUUGUAUACCAAUCAACUCUCUGGUUCUAUUCCCAAAGAGAUAGGGAACUUGAAAUCUCUUGUGGAUCUACAAUUGUAUGAGAAUCAACUCAAUGGCUCAAUUCCAAGCUCACUAUGCAAACUCACAAGCCUUACCUCUCUUUAUCUCUAUGCUACUCAAAUUUCUGGUAUUGUUCCCAAUGAGAUAGGUAACAUGAAGAGUCUUGUGAUUCUAGACUUGAGUGGGAAUCAACUCAAUGGUUCAAUUCCAACAUCACUAGGUCAUCUAACUAGCCUUACCCAUCUUCAUCUCUUUGGCAAUAAACUUUCUGGCAUUAUUCCCAAUGAGAUAUGUAACUUGAAGUCUCUCGUAGAUCUAAAAUUGGCCUUCAACACUUUAACUGGUUUCAUCCCUCCAAAUAUUGGUAACUUAAAAAAGUUAAACACUUUGUACCUGAAUACCAAUCAACUCUCUGGUUCUAUUCCCAAAGAGAUAGGUAACAUGAAAUCUCUUGUGGAGCUAUAUUUGUAUGAGAAUAAACUCAACGGUUCAAUUCCAAGAUCACUAGGUGAUCUAACAAGCCUUACCCAUCUUUAUCUUUAUGCCAAUCAACUUUCUGGUUCUAUUCCUAAGGAGAUAGGUCACAUGAAGUCUCUUGUAGAUUUAGAGUUGUCCUCCAACACUUUAAGUGGUCUAAUCCCUCCAAAUAUUGGUAACUUGAAAAAGUUAAACACUUUGUACUUGCAUAACAAUCAACUUUCAGGUUUAAUUCCCAAGGAAAUAGGAAAUUUGAAAUCUCUUGUGGAUCUACAGUUGCAUGAGAAUCAACUCAAUGGGUCAAUUCCAAGAUCAGUAGGCAAUCUCACAAGCCUUACCUAUUUUUAUCUCUGUGCUACUCAACUUUCUGGCACGAUUCCUAAUGAAAUAGGUAACAUGAAGUCUCUUGUAGAUCUAAAGUUGAGCGAGAAUCAACUCUAUGGUUCAAUUCCUAUUUCAUUUGGUAACCUGAGCAACUUGGAAAUCUUAUACUUACGGGAUAACCAACUUUCUGGCCCCAUCCCCGAAGAGAUAGAAAAUCUCAAGAAGUUGAUUGACCUGCAAUUGGGUAGCAACCAAUUUUCGGGUUAUUUGCCCCAAAAUAUUUGCCAAGGUGGAAAACUCACAAACUUUUCAGCAAGCACCAAUCAUUUAACUGGCCCAAUCCCCAAAAGCUUGAAAAAUUGUACGAGCUUAGUCAGAGUCCAUCUUAACCAGAACCAAUUGACAGGCAAUAUAUCUGAAGACUUUGGUGUUUAUCCGAAUCUUGAUUUUAUAGAUGUAAGCCACAAUAAUUUGUACGGUGAAAUCUCUUACAAGUGGGGGCAGUGCCCACAAUUAAAAACACUAAGACUUGCGGGAAACAACCUUACUGGGAACAUACCACUUGAGAUUGGAAAUGGAACCCAAAUUAAUGGGCUGGAUCUUUCUUUAAAUAAUUUAGUUGGGAUGAUUCCAAAGGAAUUCGGGAGACUGACUUCUUUGGUGAAGCUGAUGUUGAAUGGAAAUCAGCUUUCGGGCCGUAUACCCUUGGAAUUGGGAUCAUUGACUGAUCUUGAAUAUCUUGACUUGUCAACAAACAAAUUCAAUGAGUCAAUUCCGAGCACUCUAGGUGACUUGUUCAGACUACACUACUUGAAUUUGAGCAACAAUAAGGUGGCUCAAGCAGUUCCAAUUAAGUUGGGAAAGUUAGUUCAAUUGACCGACCUGGAUUUAAGUCAUAACUCACUUGAAGGUAGGAUACCAUCAGAAAUGAGCAACAUGGAGAGUUUGGUGUCCCUCAAUCUUUCUCACAACAAUCUUUCGGGUUUCAUACCAACGAGUUUCGAAGACAUGUACGGCUUGUCGUAUGUUGACAUAUCCUACAAUCACUUCGAAGGUCCCCUACCGAACAACAGUGCAUUUCGAAAAGCUCAACCAGAAGCAUUAGAAGGGAACAAAGGAUUGUGUGGCAAAGUUGGAGCUCUGCCACCCUGCAAUGAACAUGGGACAAAAAAGCACCAAAAACGGGUAUUUGGAAUCACAUUCUCCCUUCUAGCAGUAUUUGUACUUCUAUCUGCUUUCUUUACAAUUGUCUUUGUAGUGCAAAGGAAGAAGAAGCAUCAGGAUAAAGAACAAAACAAUAUGCAUGCAGAAAUUUCCUUUUCAGUUUUAAAUUUUGAUGGAAAAUCAAUGUAUGAUGAAAUCAUAAGGGCAACAGAAGAUUUUGAUUCCACAUAUUGCAUUGGGAAGGGAGGACAUGGAAGCGUCUACCGAGUGAAUUUCUCAUCUGCCAACGUAGUGGCCGUGAAGAAACUCCAUCUUCUAUGGGAUGGCGAGACAGAUUUUCAGAAGGAGUUCUUAAAUGAAGUAAGGGCACUCACUGAGAUACGACAUCGAAACAUUGUGAAGCUCUAUGGUUUCUGUGCGCAUAAACGGCACUCGUUUUUGGUGUAUGAGUAUCUUGAAAGAGGUAGCUUGGCCGCAAUGUUGAGUAAAGAUGAAGCUGCUAAAGAGUUGGGGUGGAGUAAAAGGGUGAAUGUUGUUAAAGGUGUAGCUCAUGCAUUGUCUUACAUGCACCACGAGUGCUUGCCACCGAUUGUACAUCGUGACAUCUCAAGCAAGAACAUUUUGUUGGACUCUGAAUAUGAGGCCUGUAUUUCAGACUUUGGCACUGCUAAGUUUUUAAAUCCAGACUCAAUUAAUUGGACUACCGCUGCAGGCACAUAUGGCUACAUGGCACCAGAGCUUGCAUAUACAAUGGAAGUGAACGAGAAGUGCGAUGUUUAUAGCUUUGGAGUUGUCACACUGGAAAUAAUUAUGGGAUGCCAUCCAGGAGAUGUUUUCUCAUCUUUAUCAUCUGGGGCGUCAUCGUCGUCCUCACCUGCAUCACCUUUUUAUGAAAUGCCAAUUUCAGAUGUUCUGGACCAACGCAUCUCCCCCCCAACAAAUCAAGAAGCAGGGGAGGUGGUCUCUCUUGUGAAGAUGGCAUUUGCAUCAUUGAAUCCCAGUCCGCAGUCUCGUCCAACAAUGAAGAAAGUUUCUCAGUUCCUCUCAUCAACUCAGAGGCUGCAUUUGUCAAAACCAUUUCAUAUGACAACAUGUGGUGAAUUAUUUGCUCUUGAUGGAUUCACUACCUGAUCAGGACAUGUACGCUGCUUUUCUGUAUUCGACUUCAUUUGUGUUUGCCUUGUUCUUAUUCUUCUUAGAUGUUUGGCUUAUUUGUAUUUUGCUUCAUUCUGUCUUUAGGCUCAGCUUUAAAAAGGGUUACUGGUAUAUAGAAAUGUUUUUCCUUUUAUGUAUG